GAUAUGAUCAGAAUAACAGAGAAAGAGAAAGAAUUGGGGAUUUGGAUUGAAGAAAGAGAAAGAAUUAGGGUUUUGGAUUGGAAGAAACAAUGGCUUCUCAACAGGACAGAAAACAGAUGGAUGAAAAAGCCAGAGCUGGAGAGACUGUAGUACCAGGUGGUACUGGUGGAAAGAGCUUGGAAGCCCAGGAACGCCUUGCAGAGGGUCGUAGUAAAGGAGGACAGACUCGAAAGGAGCAAUUGGGUCAUGAAGGGUAUCAAGAACUGGGACACAAAGGUGGACAAACUCUGAGGGAACAGAUGAGGAGUGAUGACAAUGACUAGUACAGAAUAGGUAGUGUCCCAUCAAUGCUCAGGAUGGUUUCGGUCCCAGUUAUGUAUAUAUACACUGUGUAUAUAUAUCAUAUCAAUGUACACUCUAUAUAUCAUAUCAGUGUGCACUGUGUAUAUCGUAUCAGUAUGUGACUCUGCUUUGUCUUUAGGGAAAUAUCUAUGUGCUGUGUAGGUAUGUCAUGUAUUUGCCUUUAUAGUUAAACAAUUGUAAGGAUAUUUGCCUCAAUUGUCUGACUUUGUUUUGUCCUUGCUAAAAAUAAAAAAUAUUUUAUUUUAACAUA